AUGACGGGAGAUAUUUUGAAUAAGGAGGUUUAUGUGGAUGUCCUCAUUGUCGGUGCUGGGCCUGCGGGUCUUAUGCUAGCUAAUUGGCUAAGUCGCUGCGGAGUCCAAACACGCAUUGUGGACAAGCGAGGCUCAAAAAUUUUCAAUGGUCAGGCAGAUGGUCUGCAGUGCCGUACUUUGGAAAUCUUCGACUCCUUUGAUUUCGUCCACCGCGCCUGGCGGGAAUCGAAUCACAUGAUUGAGAUAUGCCUCUGGAAUCCGGACGAGAAUGGUAACCUUCGUCGGUCUGACCGUAUUCCCGACACAAUCCCAGGAAUCAGUCGCUUUCAACAGGUCGUACUCCACCAAGGUCGCAUCGAGCGGUUUUUUCUCGAUUCAAUUAAGGAGCAUAGCGAUAUUCGAGUCGAACGUGGGAUUUUGCCCAUAUCCUUUGGCUUUGAUGAGGCGAAGGCAGAGAAUAUUGAAGACUAUCCUGUAAAAGUGACCCUUCGAACCCUGUCUGACCAAGAGUCCACACCUGAGCAAAGACAGCAGCACCAAAAAUCUCCGGAUGGCCAACCGACAGCUGUCUCGGACGGACUCUUUCGCAGUAACUUGAGUCCCGAUGAUACUGAAGAUCUCAUUUCGGCGACGGGGUCCAAAUCCAGCCAAUCCUCCAACCAAGUGGAACAUGUCAAUGCCAAAUUCUUGGUGGGUUGCGAUGGAGCACAUUCGUGGGUGCGUAAACAAGCUGGGUUCCAUUUGGAAGGUGAUUCAACCGACUAUAUUUGGGGCGUGCUUGACAUCGUUCCUAUUACAAAUUUCCCAGAUAUUCGCCAUAGAUGUGCUAUUCACUCGAAAAACGCAGGGAGUGUGAUGAUCAUUCCCCGGGAAAAUAAACUAGUCCGGCUAUACACCCAGCUCCAGGUGACAGGACAACAGAGCAAGGGCACUAAAGCAGACCGGUCCUGGAUUACCCCUGAUGUUAUUCUGAAAGCAGCUCAGCGCAUCCUGCACCCUUACAAGCUUGAUUAUACAUACUGCGACUGGUGGACUGCCUAUCAGAUUGGCCAGCGUGUCGGCAACCACUUUUCACUGCGCAACCGCGUCUUCUUGGCAGGCGAUGCUGUUCAUACGCACUCUCCUAAAGCUGGACAGGGUAUGAAUGUUAGUAUGCAAGACACGUACAAUCUAGGUUGGAAGCUUGCUCAUGUGGUGAAAGGCUUGAGCAAACUGACCAUUCUUUCAACCUACGAGUCCGAAAGGAGAGACGUUGCCCAGCAGCUGAUUGCUUUUGACUAUCGCUUUUCAAGACUCUUUUCUGGCCGUCCAACCAAAGAUAUCAUGGAAGAAGAGGGCGUCAACAUGGAAGAGUUCAAAAGAGCAUUUGAGAAGGGGAACGAGUUUGCAAGCGGCACUGCUGUCAACUAUGCUGCUAGCAUUCUUGUUUCGAAGAAAAACAAUCUCGCAGACACGAGUACCAAUGAUGAUCUUGGAAAUUUUGGGGGCUCGACGCUUAGCAAACCAGAGCUGGCAGCGAAGAUCGAUAUCGGCAAGCGCAUGCCCAGCUUCAAAGUGUUAAAUCAUGCUGAUGCCCGACCAUGGCAUCUCCAAGAGUUGCUGAAGAGCAAUGGUCGCUGGAGAAUCGUCGUAUUUCCUGGACGGCUGACCGACUACAACAAUAUGAAACGUUAUGAGAGACUAGGCGAAGCCUUGGGAGCGCCAAAUUCUUUCAUCCGAUGUUUUACGCCACCUGGAAAGCCAUUCGACAGUCUGAUCGAGAUUUUGACAGUUCAUUCCGGAUCACGGAAAGAUAUCGAACUUUUGGAUCUACCCGAGCCAUUCCAUCCUAACCACCAUGACUUGGGAUGGGACUACUGGAAAAUCUACAGCGAUGAGGAGUCUUAUCACGAGGGGCAUGGGCAAGCUUACAAAAAUUAUGGUAUUGACCCAAGCCGUGGGGCAAGUGUAAUAAUCCGCCCUGAUCAGCACGUUAGUUGGGUUGGGGAGGUGGAUGACCACCAAACGAUGUCGCGGUUCUUUGCUGGGUUCAUGGUGUAUCAGAAGUCGCCGGCUUAG